AUGGGUUUCAACUCGCCCCAAACGCAAUUCUCCUCGCGCUCGCGCGGCAUGGAUCGCGCACCCCCGCACUCCAUCUCAGCGAUCAGCGCGCACCGCUCCGGCGGCAAGAAGGUGCCCAAGAAAUACCGCAAGUACCACAAGAACCACAAGAAGGUGAAGGACUCCUAUCCCCGGCGCGUCACAGAGCAGCUCAACGUCCCACAAGGCUCUAGGCUGCAGGCCGAAGGACCGUCACUGACCAAAAGCGGCACUCUAACGGUACCAUGGAAUCCUCUCCGAGCCCAGCCCAACGCCAAAGUAAGACACUAG